AUGGCCAAUUUUGGAAGAUGGACCGCGCUCGAUCGCCUCCUCGGCUGGGAUCGCCACCCUCAGGAAGGACACCGGAACACAAGCCGCCAUCAUUGGCUCCAUGAAGAAGAAACCCUACUUGACGGUCACCGGGAUGAGUCCAUUGGAGUUCCAAUCCCCCCUCUUGAGGUGACGAGGAUUUGCCUUCGGCUGCGACACUUAAUUCAAGAAUGCAUAUCCUGCGAAUUGGAAGAAUCUAAAAUCACGCGACCGCAUAGCCGAAUCGUCACCAAAAAGGUGAUCAAGGCCGCCAAAGAGGCCGGCGGAGAAGAGUACAAAUCUUGUGUUGUUUUCUGCCUGCUCGUGAACAAGCAAUGGUUCAAGCACGAAUCCAUCACCGAGUUAUGGGAUGCCGACCUGCAUAAAUUACGGGCUACGGCUUGCGGUGUGAUCGCCAAGGCAAUUAUCGAGAACGAGGAGAACAUAAGGUACCUGCUCCAUUCAGUCCUUCUGCAACGAUAUUCCUAUCUCUCCGACCGCGAGCCGACGCAUCCGCUCAACGUGAUUGAGAAAGCCGUCGACUUGCACGACGUUCGAGUCAUUGGGUCUUCUGGAUACCAAAAAUGUAUCAGCUACCUUUGGAGAGGAUGGCUGGUGCAGGAUGAAGAUAACCCUUCGGUUUUCAUUGACUACAAGGAUAAGGCCAACCCGAAUUUCUUCGUUCACAUGGAUCCCGAUCGAAUGCGAGCCCCGAUGUACCAGAACGCAGCACAGAUGCUCUUGUCAAUCAUCUACCUUGGUCUCUAUACUAUCUCUAUCAACUCGGUCAAUGCCUCGGGAGUUUUUGAUGGCGCCGAGAUUCUGAUGUAUGUCUUUACAGUGGGCUUCAUAUGCGACGAGACCAUGAAAUUGUACAAGGCAGGUUAUCACAUUCUUGGAUUCUGGAACGCUCUCAAUGGCCUCUUAUACUCGUUUUUAACGGCAUCCUUCGUGCUCCGUAUCAUAGGCCUUACACAUCCUGAACACUCGGAUGCACGCAGGGAAUGGAGCCAAUUGAGUUACAACGUACUCUCCUUUGUCGCACCAUUGUUUUGGUCUCGGCUCUUGCUUUACCUCGACAGCUUCCGGUUCUUUGGGGCCAUGCUCGUUGUACUGAAAGUGAUGAUGAAAGAGUCCGUGAUAUUCUUCGCAUUGCUUAUCAUCAUCAACAUAGGAUUCUUGCAGGCUUUUAUCGGCCUUGAUCUGGCUGACGACCUUGUUGCGGACGACGUUUGGUUCAUACUCCAGGCGAUGCUCAAAGCAAUUUUGCAAAGCCCAGAAUUCGAAGGAUUCGAACAAUUUGGACAUCCUUUUGGUUUGAUCUUACAUUACUGCUUUACGUUCAUUGUCAUGAUUAUUCUCCUCAACAUCUUGAUUGCGCUAUAUAAUUCAGCUUACGAAGACAUAUACGAAAAUGCCGACGACGAAUACCUCGCCCUUCUCGCCCAAAAGACGAUGCAAUUCGUACGCGCCCCUGAUGAGAAUGUUUACAUUGCGCCGUUCAAUUUAAUUGAAAUCUUCAUAUCUGGCCUUUUUGAGUGGUGGAUGCCCAAGAAAACUUACGAAACGAUCAACGAUGUUGUCAUGGGGAUCAUCUACUCUCCUCUCCUACUUGUUGCUGCCUUCUUCGAGAUUCGCAAAGCGGGGCAAAUACGCCGUAAUAGGGCGAGAGGCGAGGAAGAUGACGACGUUGAAGAGGAGUGGGAGCAGAUGGCUAAUGAAUUAGACUUUGAGUCAGAGGGCUGGGCCAAGACUUGCGAGGCUGUUAAGCCAAAUGUUGAAGAAGAGCCUGCCAUCGUUGAGGUCCGAAAGCUACGCGCCGAGAUUGACGCUCUGAAGUCUAUGCUUUCUGAAGCUAUCAAUGCCGGACGUGCGCAACCCAAGCAAAGUGUUGAUAAUGAUAAUACGGGUUCGAGCUCCGGAGAUCAUAACUAG